AUGCAGACAGCAGAAGCAUCGACGGUGGAUAUAAUAAGCAGUUUACCGGAAGCGAUUCUGUGCCACAUCCUGUCUUUUGCCACCACCAAAGAAGCAGUUGCAACAAGCGUUUUGUCCAAAAGAUGGAUUCAUCUCUGGAACCAUGUUAACAAUCUCAACUUCCCAGACAUCAAGGUCUAUUCCGAUAGAUGCUCUCUUUCUUUUAACGAGUUUGUAUACUCCCUUUUAUUUGAUCGAGAAGCCGUCGGUUACAAUGUCAUCAACGGUUUCAGCCUCGACAUUCAAUACCAUUAUGCUGAUCUUGCUCGUCGUUUAGGGUUACAUAAUAUCACCAAAUGGAUCAACCUUGCUGUUAAAAGCAAACUCAAGUAUCUUCGUCUCCGUCUAAGCACGUAUGACCUUGAUUAUUAUAUUGAUGUGCGUUACGGUUACGCCAAAUUGCCGGUUAGCAUUUUCACAUGUAGAACACUUGUAAGUCUUGACCUCCGUUGUUUCAGUUUCGAGGGUUUUACUUUUACUGGAUUUUCAUCAUUUCCAUCACUCAAAGUCCUUCGUUUGGAAUAUUUUAAGUUCUCAAAAUUUCGAGAUUUUUUGUUGUUUAUAGCUGGAUGUCCAAUUCUUGAGGUUCUACAAAUAUAUCGGACGGAAUUCCUUCCUCUUGAGGAAGAUUCUCUUACCCUUAAAGAGUUUAAGAUAUUAAGUUUACCCAAAUUGACUAGAGCAGAUUUAUAUGGAUUUCGUAGUCAAUGUUUUCCGGUGAAUGCACUUUCUACUGCCAAGUAUUUGUGCAUAGAUACAUUGAAGGUCCACAGAUGGUAUAAGGUUAAUCGGAUGCAGCACCCUUAUGACGUCGUUCCUAUCUUUCAUAAUUUGACUCACUUGGAGCUCCACAAUAGAUGGGAUUUGGUAGUACAAGUGCUCCACCAAUGUCCUAAGCUUCAAAAUCUCACACUUUAUAAGUAUGGUUAUGAAGAUGGUGAUUAUCAAGAAAAUUGGGUGGAACCAGAAUUUGUUCCGCAGUGCCUUUUAUCAUCCCUUAGAAAUUUUACAAUUCAUCACGACCUUUCAGAUCUACAAAAAGAGCUUAUGUUGGAGCAAUAUAUUUUGAAGAAUGCAAGAAUUUUACAAACCAUGACAAUUCGGUGCAUGACUAAGGAGCCUAAAACGGAGAGAACACUAUCCAUGUGCCCGGUGGCCUCCGCAACAUGUCAAAUUACAUUUGAGAGGCAUUCUUAUCUAUGCACACAUGAUGUAUAUGCACACAUGAUGUAG